GUACGUAAUUCUGCUGUCCGGACACUUUUUCAAAUACUUGGAAGCCAUGGGCAAAAACUUUCAAAUAGGAUGUGGGAGAAUUGUCUGUGCAAUUAUGUUUUUCCUACACUUGAUUGUGCUUCUCACAUGCCGGAAUACUGCGCAGAAACAAUGGGAUGAGACACUAGUUCUUGUGUUGGGUGGAAUUGCACGCGUUUUAAGAACCUUUUUCCCAUUACUCAGAAAUAUAAGUAAUUUUCAAUCAGGAUGGGACUCUUUACUGUGCCUCGUUGAGAACAGCAUCUUGCAUGGUAGUAAAGAAGUUGCCCUUGCAGCAAUAAAUUGCUUGCAUUCCACCAUAGUUUCACAGUCUCCUAAGGUAAUAACUACUGGCCUUUCUGAGGACGAGGAGUGCUCAAAGGGUCAUUGCACCACACUUUCUUAUGAAUAGAUGGUACCUAUUUAUUUNAUUUUGUUCAGUAACAUCUUGAUAAAACAGGGAAAUUUGCCACUUCCAUACCUUAUAUCUGUCCUUGAUAUUUACGAGCUUGUUCUUUCGAAGUUGCCUAACUACAGUAAUAGUGCAACCAGCAAAGUGAUACAAGAAAUCUUACUUAGUCUUGUUUUUGGCAGGUGAUCUAUAUGUUCAAGCGCAGGAAAUGUUUGACAGCUUCAUGUAUUUAAAGCUGCUAAAAGUUCUAGAUGUGGGGAUCAAACAAACCAAGAUUGCAAAUAGAAACUUUGAAGCUGAUUAUGGCCAUCUUCCACCUUUGCAGCGCACUAUACUUGAGAUUCUACCAAUCGUAUGUCCAGCUAAUCAUAUUGCUACAAUGUGGCCCCCUUUCCUUGGGAAACUAAUGGAGUAUCUUCCAGGAUGUGAUUCUUCCAUUGGCGAAAUUGAUGAUGGAGAUCAAGGAAACACUGCCCAUAGUGUUGAUGUUCCUUGUAGAAUUGCUUCAAAUUCUCCAAAGAAAUCAGAAAAUUUAUCACCUGCAGGGCCAUGUGUCCCAACACAUAUGUUCUCCGAGAAACUUAUUCCUGUACUAGCAGAUCUUUGCGUGCAAGCUCCAGCUGCAGUGAAGUAUGACGUUUUCCCUGACAUUAUUCAUGUUUUAGGAAGGUUCUUUCUUGCUCAUUUGAUUAAGGCGGGGCUUUGGUUUAAGCACAACAAAACUACAGAAAAAGGGAUUAUUGAUUUGGUUCUUUCUGAUAGCAAGACCAUAGGUGAGACUAUUUCUAACAAGGAGGAGGCAGAUGCUCAACUGGAUGUGGGCAGAACUGUUGGCGAUGACCUAAUGGCCCUCUCUGAAACUAAACAGCCAUGUUUAAUAGCACAAUCAAAAGUCAGGGCUUCGAGGACAAUUGAAACAGAUCAGUGCAUAACCAGUGCAGCAAAAGACAAAGGUUUUGAACACCAAACUGGAAUUGCAGAGACCCCUAGUGUACAUCCUCACACAAUUCCUAGUUGCAGUCCACCAGUGACAAAUGAUCCAGCAGAUAGCUCAGGCUCAGGAUCUAUUGACACUCUGGUUCAAUAUACUACUGGUGCAUAUCGCUCUGCUUGUGACCAACAACCUAAGUCAAGUGUAUUAAGGCUACCUAUUAAGUCAAAGCCUCUUGGAGUCCUCAAUGUUCAGGCUCUUCCUUUCCGACCAGCUUUUCAAGGUUUAUACCAACCUAAACCCAUUGAUCAGAGCAAUCAUGAUGGAUCAAAUUUACAGAAGGGUAAUGGUAUCCAAGUAACAAAUUUCCUGUUCAAUGCUGGGUUCUUCUUCAAUGCUGUACUUUCCUAUUCAAUGCUGGGUUCUUGUUCAAUGCAGCAGUUUCUUGAGAUUUGGAGCUUUGUGGUUGUGGUGGAAUUUCUGGAUGCUGAUGUUUACAAGCAGAAGGAUCCGAAUGCAAGACCAGAGUUUGGGCCAUGCUUCUAUUUGGUUCUUGCUGGUAGUGAGCUUUAAUUAUAGUGUUGUUUGACAGUUUAUGGGUUGUCUUGUUUCUCUUUUGUUUUGGUCUGUUCCUUUCUUUAGUGUUUUGGAUUUUUUCUCCUGUGGUUGCUUUGGCCGUGUGUUGGGGACGGCCACCUCCCUUUAUGUACCUUUCUCCUUUUUAAUGAAUAAAAAACCUCUUG